GGCGCGGCGGCGCGGCGGCCCGCGCUUCCCUCGGCGCACCAUGGCGCGGGCCGGAGCGGCCGACGAGCGGCGGCUGCUCCUGCGCUCCGUCGCGCUGUGGCUCGCCCUGCUCGGCGCCCGCACGACGGCCGCGUCCAAAGCGGUGACCGCGCACUUGGCUGCCAAGUGGCCCGAGACCCCGCUGCUGCUGGAGGCCAGUGAAUUUAUGGCAGAAGAAAGUAAUGAAAAAUUUUGGCAGUUUGUGGAAACAGUAAGAGAAUUAGCAGUUUAUAAGCAAACAGAAUCAGAUCAUUCUUACUACAGCCUAAUCCUGAAGAAAGCUGGACAGUUUUUAGACGACAUACACAUCAAUCUCCUAAAGUUUGCGUUCUCAAUAAGGGCAUACUCUCCAACUAUUCAGAUGUCCCAACAGAUUGCUGCUGCUGAGCCACCACCAGAUGGAUGUAAUGCAUUUGUGGUCAUACAUCAGAAGUACACCUGUAAAAUCAAUGAAAUUAAAAAGCUGCUGAAUAAGGCUGCUUCAAGGCCCAGGCCUUAUCUGUUUAGGAGAGAUCAUAAGUUCCCCACGGGCAGGGAGAACUUACCAGUGGUCAUUCUUUAUGCAGAAAUUGGUACUAGAGCAUUUGCUGAGUUUCACAAAGUGUUGUCUAAGAAAUCUCAAAAUGGUAAAAUUCUGUAUGUUCUCCGCCACUACAUUAAGAAACCAAGCUCAAGGAAAAUGUACUUAUCUGGCUAUGGUGUGGAGCUAGCAAUUAAGGACACAGAAUACAAGGCGUUGGAUGAUAUCCAAAUUAAAACUACUACUGAUACUUCUUUAGAAAAUGAGACUGAAGCAGAUGAAGUUCAAGGAUUUCUUUUCGGGAAACUGAAAGAAAUAUAUUCAGAUCUUAAAGAUAAUCUGACACUAUUCCAAACGUACCUGAUUGAAAGCAGCAAGGAAAUGAUGCCUUUGAAAGUCUGGGAAUUACAAGAUAUGAGUUUUCAAGCAGCCUCUCAAAUAGUGUCCACCCCUGUCUAUGAUGCCAUAAAGCUAAUGAAGGAUAUUGCACAGAACUUCCCCAUAAAAGCCAGAUCUCUCACCAGGAUUGCUGUCAAUGAACUAAUGAGAAAAGAAAUACAGGAAAAUCAAAAGGACCUACGACAUAGAUUUGAAAUUAAGCCAGGCGAUGCUCGUCUGUUCAUAAAUGGCCUGCGUGUUGACUUGGAUGUUUAUGAUCCUUUCAGUAUUUUAGAUAUGCUGAAAUCAGAAGGAAAACUGAUGAAUGGCCUUAAAAAUCUUGGGCUCAGUGAAGAAGAUAUGAACAAAAUUUUAACAUUAAAUUUGCCUGUGUGGGACUAUGACUAUGUGUUAGAUAUUCGGCAUUCUGCAAUAGUGUGGAUUAAUGACUUAGAAAAUGAUGGUAUGUAUGUUAGUUGGCCUACGAGUUGCUGGGAACUUCUGAAACCAGUAUUACAUGAAACAGUUCCUUCCAUAAGGCGUAAUUUUCAUAAUUUGGUUCUGUUUAUUGAUCCUGCUCAAGAAUAUACCUUGGACUUUAUAAGUUUGGCAGAAUUUUUUUAUUAUAAUGAAAUUCCUCUUAGAAUUGGUUUUGUGUUCAUUCUUAAUGUGGAUAAUGAAGUUGAUGGAGCGACAGAUGCUGGAGUUGCACUUUGGCGAGCUUUCAAUUAUAUUGAAGAAAAAUAUGAUGUAUUAGAAGCAUUUAUUUCCAUGACACAUAUGUACCAAAAAGUGAAGGAUAAUCAAAUACUCGCUGUGGAUAACGUGAAAAGUAUUCUUCAAAAUAAAUUUCCUUAUGCUGACAUUUUGGAUAUCUUGGGAACCCAUUCCAAGUAUGAUAGAAGAAGAAUGGCAGGAGCAAGCUUUUAUAAGAUGACUGGCCUAGGUCCUUUGCCUCAGGCUCUUUAUAAUGGGGAACCCUUUGACCUCAAAGAGUUGAACACUGAAGCACUGAAAGGAGUUGUUCUGGAAAAAAUGAUGGAUACAUUUGUAUAUCUACAAAGAGAUGUUUUUAUGGGCAUAUUAAAUGAUGAAAUCAAUGCGAUUGAUUUCCUGAUGGAUAAGAAUAAUGUUGUACCCCGCUUAAAUUCUUUGAUUUUGCACACAGAACCACAGUACCUUAAUUUAUUAUCUUCAUCAGUAACUGCUGAUAUUGAAGAUUUCUCUACUUUCUCUUUCUUGGAUUCACAAGAUAAGAGUGCUGUGAUUGCAAAAAACAUGCAUUAUUUAACUCAAGACAAUAUGAUAUCUGCCGUCACUUUGUGGAUUAUUGCUGAUUUUGAUACCCCUCCUGGGAGGAAACUGCUUUUUAAUGCAUUAGAGCACAUGGAAAUAAGUAUUCAUAGUCGGCUAGGGAUUGUUUAUAAUCCCACAUCAAAGAUAAAUGAAGAGAACACAGUCAUUUCCAGAGGAAUUCUGGCAGCUUUUCUUACACAUAAAAGCAGCUUGUUGAGACACUUCCUAAGGAAACUGGCAAAAGAAGAGACUGCUGAAGCAAUUUAUUCUGGAGAUAAAAUUAAAACGUUCCUUACUGUGGAUAUGGAUAAGAAUGCUUUUGAGAAAAAAUAUAACACCGUUGGAGUAAAUAUUUUCCGAACUCACCAGUUAUUUUGCCAAGAUGUGCUGAAAUUGCAGCCGGGCACGAUGGGCAUUGUCAGCAAUGGCAAAUUUUUAGGUCCUUUAAAUGAAGAGUUCUACAUAGAAGAUUUUUACUUGGUUGAAAAGGUAACAUUUAGUAAUUCCGUAGAGAAAAUUAAAGACGUUGUUGAAAAUAUGGAAGUCAACCCGAAACACACAAGUGACCUUGUGAUGAAAUUGGAUGUACUCAUUUCUUCAUUGUCUGUGCGUGCCACUCGGUAUAACAUCACGUUACUCAAAGAGAAUCUCAGUGUUAUAAAGAUAAAUCCUCCAGAGAAUGACGUGUUCUUUGAUGUCACUGCUAUUGUUGAUCCUUUGACAAGAGAAGCUCAGAAGAUGGCACAGUUACUGAUUGUGCUUGGGAAGAUUGCAAAUGUGAGGAUAAGGCUGUUCCUGAACUGCAGAGACAAGCUCUCAGAAGCCCCUCUCAGAAGCUUUUACCGUUUUGUACUGGAGCCAGAGCUGUUAUCAGGGGCUAACAAUAGCCCUUCUAAUGGACCAGUGGCAAAGUUCCUGGACAUCCCAGAAUCACACCUUCUGACUCUCAACAUGAUCACCCCAGAGGGAUGGUUGGUUGAAACCGUCCACAGCAACUGUGACCUCGACAAUAUUAACUUAAAAGAUACUGAGAGAAUUGUUACAGCAGAGUAUGAACUUGAGUAUCUACUACUUGAAGGACAUUGCUUUGAUAUGAUGACAGAACAGCCCCCACGGGGUCUGCAGUUCACUCUGGGCACAAGAAGCAACCCUGCUAUGGUUGACACAAUAGUGAUGGCCAACCUUGGGUAUUUUCAACUAAAAGCAAACCCCGGCGCUUGGAUACUGAAACUACGUGAAGGAAAAUCUGAAGAUAUUUAUGAAAUAGUUGGGCAUGAAGGAACCGACUCUGAGACCAACAUGGGCGAUGUCAUUGUUGUGUUAAACAGUUUCAAGAGCAAGAUACUGAAAGUACAGGUAAAGAAAAAAUCAGGCAAAAUUACAGAAGAUAUCCUUGCUGAUAAACAUGAAAAUAGAGGCAUGUGGGAUUCAAUUAAAAGCUUCACAAAAAGUCUGCAGGAAGAUAAGAAAAAGGAAAAUGACAUCCUAAACAUUUUUUCAGUUGCUUCUGGCCAUUUAUAUGAACGUUUUCUAAGGAUCAUGAUGCUCUCUGUUCUGCGGAAUACCAAAACUCCAGUGAAGUUCUGGUUUCUAAAGAACUACCUCUCACCAACAUUCAAAGAAGUAAUUCCUCACAUGGCUAAGGAAUAUGGAUUCCAGUAUGACCUUGUCCAGUAUAAGUGGCCUCGUUGGCUUCAUCAACAGACUGAAAAGCAACGGAUCAUUUGGGGCUACAAAAUCCUUUUCCUUGACGUCCUUUUCCCACUGGCAGUGGACAAAGUCAUAUUUGUUGAUGCUGACCAGAUUGUUAGACACGACCUAAAGGAACUCCGAGACUUGGAUCUGGGUGGAGCUCCGUAUGGGUUCACCCCAUUCUGUGACAGCCGCAGGGAAAUGGACGGCUAUCGCUUCUGGAAGACAGGAUACUGGGCGUCACACCUUGUGAAAAGAAAAUACCAUAUCAGUGCCUUGUAUGUCGUGGACCUCAAGAAGUUCCGGAGAAUCUCAGCAGGGGACCGGCUCCGCGGCCAGUACCAAGCUCUCAGCCAAGAUCCAAACAGUCUUUCAAACCUGGAUCAGGAUCUUCCCAACAACAUGAUUUACCAAGUUGCCAUUAAGUCUCUUCCUCAAGACUGGCUGUGGUGUGAAACCUGGUGUGAUGAUGACUCUAAAAAAAGAGCCAAAACAAUUGAUCUGUGCAAUAAUCCCAAAACAAAAGAACCCAAGCUAGAAGCUGCUGCAAGGAUUGUUCCAGAAUGGGUCAAAUAUGAUACAGAAAUACGAAAAUUCUUAGGCCAUCUUGAAAACAAGAAAAAAAGUGCAGCUUCAGUUCAUGAUGAACUCUAGCACUGGUUGCCAGAAGAUAAAAUAUGAAAACCUGCCACCUGCUGGGAAUUUGUGGAACUGCUAAGACUAGUAGGCCAUUUCAUUCAAAUUACUGACGUAAGGUUAACUUUUUAUGAACUUUAUUUAAAAUACAUGUGAAGUUUGAAAAUAAACUUAAUUUCUAUGAUAGAUAUAUUAUUUCUGGUUGCUUAAGAUGUUGUUGUUGUUACCAGGUAGUUUGAUGUUGUUAGAUGUCCUCGUUUUAGUAUUCCAGCUUUAAGUACAUCCAUAUUUCCUUACUCAAAAAAUGCAUUUAAAUUUUCAGAAACUUGUGAAAUUUCAAGAAAAAGGACUCAUGGCUUUCUCUGAAUUAUUAAAAACAAGCUCAUUUUAUUCUUUAACUAUCACUUUUAAAUGGAAGUCAUAUUGCACUGGAAUCAUUAAUCUCAAAUAAUAGGUUUUAUUUUUGUGCUGUAUUUACAAUGUUCUAAGUGUUUGAUAUGCAUUAGCCAUACAUGUGUUUUUAAAAGGACUGAAUACUCUUAUAGAAACACAGUAAAGGAUAGAAACUGUAAACCUCUGUAAAAGCUAAGUAAAAGAUUUUUCCCUGCUGUGUUUC